AUGCCAGUCCCCUUUGACAAGCAGGCUUACUGGCACGACCGCUUCUCUACCGAAACCUCCUUCGAAUGGCUUCUCGGCUCUGCUGAAUUCAUGUCCAUCAUCAAGCCCAUUCUCACCAGCCUCGAACCUUCAUCAGCCCGCAUCCUCCACAUCGGCUCCGGAACAAGUGAUUUACAAAACUACUUUCGCCAUCUCGGCUUCCUGGACGUCACAAAUGUCGACUAUGAGCCUCUAGCCGCGGACCGUGGCCGACAGCUUGAGAAGCAGGCUUUUGGAAAUGUCAAGAUGAAGUACGCCGUGGCAGACGCCACACAGUUACACCUCUCAAAUGAUAGUGGUGGCGAGUGCUGCAAAUUCGAUCUCGUGGUCGACAAAAGCACCGUCGAUGCAAUCUCUUGUGGCGGAGAAGACCAAGUUUUGCAGAUGGCGAGUUGUGUUAAAGAGCAUCUCGCGCCGGGUGCUGUAUGGAUCUCGUUGAGUUACUCUGCUUCGCGGUUCGACAUUGAGAGACUGCCGUUUGAUGUGCAGGUCCUGGCAAAAGUUCCCACGCCGAAGAGUAAAGCGACGGAUCCGGAUAUAUUCCAUUGGUGUUAUCUGUUGCGGCCGAAAUGA